AUGACGGACCCGACAACGUCGCCAGAAGACCACUGGAAAACAGACGGUGCUUUCAGCGACAGUGGCUUUGACCCUAGUUUCUUUGCUGAAACUGCCGGAAAGGGUACAAUUGGGUCCAGGGCCAACAGCAUCGGCUCAACAAGUGCCUCUUCAGUACCAAAUACAGAUGAUGAAGACAGUGACUACAGACAUGAGACGUCAUAUAAGGACUCGUAUAAAGAUCGACGAAGACAAGCGCACACACAAGCUGAGCAGAAGCGUAGGGAUGCUAUUAAGAAAGGCUACGAUGACCUGCAGUCCAUAGUACCAACCUGCCAGCCGCAGUCUGAAUUUGCAGUGGGAGCACAGAAGAUCAGCAAAGCUACUGUACUGCAGAAAACAAUUGACUACAUCCAUUUUCUUCAUAAAGAAAAGAAGAAGCAAGAGGAAGAGGUUUCUGUACUAAGGAAAGAAGUGAUGGCUCUGAAGAUCAUGAAAACGAACUAUGAGCACAUAGUGAAGGCCCACCAGAACAACCCACAGCAGGGAGAGGAUCAGGUGUCUGACCAAGUCAAGUUCAACAUCUUUCAGAGCAUCAUGGACUCCCUGUUCCAGUCUUUCAGCAAUUCAGUUUCAGUUAGCAGCUUCCAAGAACUCUCCGCCUGUGUUUUCAGCUGGAUCGAGGAGCACUGCAAGCCACAGACGCUGAGGGAGUUUGUUGUUGGGGUGCUCCGGCAGCUUAAUGGUCAGCUAUAUUGACCGAGUGAAAGCACUGGAUUGAACUCUGAGAAAUUGACUUUGGGCUUGCUCUGGCCUCUCAGGGUGGAGUAAAAACUCCAAUCAGCCUCAGGCCACACCACAGUAUUUACACUUACUUCAGCUCAUCGGUGACUCCCUGGCUGCAAUUGGAUUACAUCAACCCACAAAUUGGAUUGAGUAGUUACAUGUUUAAGAAGGACUUUCUGAUUUUAAAUGCACAUCCAUACACAUAGCUGAGUAUGUUUCAGCAUCUGCUGAAAUGAUGUGUCUUACUAUUGUUCUGUUAAGAAAUUAAGGUGAAACGUAAAAGUAACAGCUUUCAAAUGAAUGUGUAUGUUUAAUACAUCAGGGGUUUUCAAAGUCUGAGACUGCAUGCCUCCCCUCAGACAACUAUAAAAUCCCCCCCUUCUCUUUAACACAACCACACACAUUUUAGGAUAUUAAAUGUGAUCUCUUUGGUAACUAAUUAUUAUUAAUAUAAAUAUAAUUUUUUCACUGAGCCUCCCUUGAAACAGUUAGGAGCCUCCCUGGGGAGGCACGCCACACACUUUGAGCAACUCAUGAGCCACACCUUCUCCUCUGUUAUGUCAAGCAUAACUCUGCAGCCUAAUGCUGAUCCAAAUGGCUCCUGUCCGCUUCAGCGCACAACCAUUGAGUCAGCCAUACCACUCCUGAACUCCAGCAGACAAUGGAAAAUACUCUACUACUGCAGAGUAACUGUCCUUUCACUUCACUGUGCAACCAUGCUCUAUGGUGCUUCAGGAUUUUAUCACUGAGGUUUGAUUACAACAGACUUUCCUGCCUUUUAGUGUGGUGGGAGGGUUUCAUUUACGCAGCUCUGACAAUUCGCUGAAAUCUCACGGGUGACAGGUAUGCAAUGUAUGCAGCAUAAAGAUUUACCAAUCA